CAACGACAGUAAAGUCUCGCGGUGCCCUCGCUGCCUGGAGGUCGUUCCCGAAGGAGAAAGAAGCCGCCGACUCUUCCCACGCCGUUCGCAGCUGACGACCAUGUUCUCCCGCCUCACCCGGCCCGCCUCCGUCGCGCUCCGCAGAGGGUUCGCCACCUCCUCCCAGAACAAUGCUAAGGUGGCCGUGCUUGGUGCUUCUGGUGGGAUUGGCCAACCUCUCUCUCUCCUACUGAAGAACAGCCCCUUAAUCAGUCGCCUCAACCUCUAUGAUAUCGCCCACACUCCUGGUGUAGCAGCUGACCUCAGCCACAUCGAAACGAGAGCUGAAGUGAAAGGUUUCCUGGGACCCGAGCAGUUGCCAGAGUCUCUGAAGGGCUGUGAAGUUGUUGUUAUUCCAGCCGGUGUUCCUAGAAAGCCGGGCAUGACCCGUGAUGACCUUUUCAACACGAAUGCCACUAUUGUUGCUAACCUGGCUGCCGCUUGUGCCCAGCACUGCCCUGAAGCCAUGAUCUGUGUGAUUGCAAAUCCGGUCAAUUCUACCAUCCCAAUUACUUCUGAGGUCUUUAAGAAGCAUGGGGUAUACAACCCCAACAAAAUUUUCGGCGUCACAACACUGGACAUUGUCCGAGCAAACACUUUUGUGGCUGAACUGAAGGGCUUGGAUCCAGCUCGUGUAAACGUCCCUGUGAUCGGCGGCCAUGCAGGAAAGACCAUCAUCCCUCUGAUUUCUCAGUGUACACCCAAAGUAGAUUUCCCUCAGGACCAGUUGACAGCCCUUACUGGGAGGAUUCAGGAGGCUGGGACAGAGGUUGUCAAGGCAAAAGCAGGUGCAGGAUCAGCCACGCUCUCUAUGGCUUAUGCUGGUGCACGGUUUGUUUUCUCCGUCCUGGAUGCGAUGAAUGGGAAGGAGGGGGUCAUUGAGUGCUCUUUCGUCCGGUCAGAGGAAACUGAGUGCACAUAUUUCUCCACGCCACUGCUGUUUGGGAAAAACGGCAUUGAGAAGAACCUAGGCAUUGGCAAGAUUUCUCCUUUUGAAGAGAAGAUGGUGGCAGAGGCAGUUUCGGAGCUGAAAGCUUCCAUCAAGAAAGGGGAAGAGUUUGCCAAGAGCAUGAAGUGAAGAUCUGUUGAUGACAAAAGAAGAGAACUGAAGCCCCCUUAAUUUAUUUUAAGGUGCAUCAUGUCACUUUAAAGGCUCCCGGAGCAAAGCAUUGAGUUCUGCUUCCAGGCCUUGAUGUUAGCCCUGCCCUUUAAAUCUGUUGAUUGGAAUUCCGUUCCUCAAUUAAAAAACAACCUGUUUAUUUUUCC